AUGAAAUGUGUCGAGUGUAAUACUACAGUUGAUUCUUUGUUUACGGACUAUGGACGGGGAACGAGUAAUAUUCGGUUAGCACAAUGUAAAAAUUGCAAGCAAUUUGCUGAUAAAUACAUUGAGCUGGACUUUGUAUUAAUAAGUAUUGAUGUGAUUUUAAUGAAGCCUCAGGUGUAUCGGCAUUUACUAUUUAAUUCUUUGUCUGCAAGGAACUUUCGCAAUGUGAUUAAUUUCUCCAUAUUGAUUGUGUUGUUUGACGUUUUUUUGAUUUGGUCACGGCUGGAGAAGCGUGCAGCUGCUUUUCCCAGCAUGAUUACAGAAAACUCGUUUAUAUCAUUGCCAAUAGUGAGACAAUAUCUUUAUUUAUUACUUCUCUGCUUGGUCGAAACUGCUACCUACCAAAUCUCUAUCAUUGCGCUCAUGAAUGUUCUCAUAGGAUGGAAACAUUGGACGUCGGCGUGUGGAUCUGUAAUUUUAUCUUCCAGUACCAAAAUGCUGCCGGUAUUUAUGGUAAUUUGGGACUAUGAUAUUCCGGCAGCCGCCAUGAUUGUCGAGUGGGUUGUUCUUUUUAGUAAUAUGGAAGCGCUUUCGAUUUUAACGGGAAAAUCUCGUUUUACAAAAAUUGGUUUAAUUGUUCUUCUUUCCAGUAUCCUACGUUCUUUUGCUGUUUACUUUUUUCUUCACCAUACCGCUUUAACGAAAAUUCAACAACCAGAUAAUUACGAACACUUUACAUUUUACAAACACUUGGUGUUUCAAUGUUUUCAAAAAAUCGCUUUAACUGCUCAAACAGCGAUUUAAUGCCGGUUACUCCUGGUUCUCGUUAAAACUCCUUGAUGCAAACACCCAACUAACCCAGUUGGAUUCCACUUGUUAUAAUAGUAACUCUCACGGGUUAUGAGAAGUUUUAUCAAGUGGAAAUAAUAACUACAGUUGUAGAAUUGUACACGUUGAUUGGACUCUGUUUUACUACGUAUAAAGACGCUAGUAAUGUCCAGGGAUCCGGUUAAAUGCUUCGAUGAUCUUGAUUUAUCCACACCAGUCGAAUAUAUAUCCUCGCUGAGACAGCUAACGUAUCUAUAUCUGUAUAUCUCAAAGAUUUCUUUGUUUAUUGGCUUUCCUUUGUGAAAUAGGUUCUUUAAUUCAUAAAACGUAUUUCUUUGUUUUGUUUACUAUU